GGUGCUGAGAAGAAAAAGCAAGAGCAACAACAUCGCGAUCCCCUUACAGAAUGAAGUGCCCACGUGUGUCCUACCGCCGUCGUAUGCACUACGCGACGCGAGGCAACCGUGUGAAGAUGGUGCGCACGCCGGGAAAUCGCCUGGUGAUGCAGCACCGCGCGAAACGCUCGCAGGGCAUUCACACGCCGUGGGUGAUGGGCCAUAAGCGUCUCGGCGGAACCAAGGCGCUUCGCCAUAUCGAGGCCCGCCUCGCGUCUCGCCACGAUAAGAGCGUCUCGCGCGCGUACGGCGGCGUGCUCAGCCACGAUCAGGUGCGCGACCGCAUCGUGCGUGCCUUCCUCACGGAGGAGCAGCGCAUCGUCCGCCAGGCCCUCAGCGCCCACGCCAAGUUCCAGAUCCGAAAGAAGCGCACCAGCAACAAGCACAAGAAGAAGAUCGAGCGCCAAAACGCCAUCUCCAAGAAGAUCGCGGGUAAGACUAUCACAAAGAAGCCCGCCGUCAAGAAGGUGGUCGUCUCGCGUGCCCCAGUUGGCGCCAAGCUUGUGAAGAAGUAAGGUUUUCAGGCUUUUUCUCCAUUUCAUUUUUCGCACUCAUUACAUAAUUUUCAUUUAAAAUUUGAUUAACUAA